AUGGCGCUCCGCGAGUUUAAAGCGCCGGUCAACUACGAGACGCAGCAGUCUGCGUUCGAAUCCUUCCUCAAGGACUUCAAGACCUCGCCCGAGCACACCCUCACCACCGCCCUCGGCAACAUCACAAUCGACGAAGAUGACCUCAGCGACGAGGACGACCUCAUGGACGAGGACGACCAGACUCGUCAGCGCCGCCAGCAGGAGCGCGCCAAGAGGAAAACGCCCCAGCACAAGUACAGCGACAUGCUGCAGCUGCUGGCGGACCGCAAGAUUGACGAGUUCCCCAUCGAUCUGGACGACCUAGCUACU